GUUGUUUUAAAUAACGUACACACGAUUUCUAAUAGAUAUGUACUUGUUUAAUCGUAGCUGCUGUUUUAUGUCUGACUUUUGUCUCUCACGCGUGUCGGAAGACAUUCAUUUUGUUGAGUGCACGUCACCCUUUAAUGACCAGCUAAAUUGUAUUAUUUAUAUAUUUGAAAGUGUUGUUGCUUAUAACAACAGACCGUGGUGUUAUGUGUUACCUUAGAACAAACUACCUGUGCUUCGAAUGUUGUUCCAGGUAUUGACAUGAAGCCAGCAGCGCUAGUGACAGCUUGUCCAGAGCACUGCUCUAUAUUUGACCUGUGCUCCCAACAAGAGGCCUUAACAGGACUCAGAGAAGUGAAGUCCUUCGUAAAACAGAAUGCUAACAUCGAGCCAGCCGCAGAAAAGUUGGACGAUAAAGAAGCAGGGGUCGCGAGGGAGCGGAAUGUCAGAGAGGUGUCGGAAAAGAUGGUGUGCUUGGCCUGUAGAUGUUCUUUUGUUAGCCGUGAGGAACAGAUGGAGCACUACAAGCUUGACUGGCAUCGAUUCAACUUGAGACUGAAGAUGUCAGGAAUGCCCCCAGUCACCACCGAGGAGUUUGAGAGAAAAUCUGGAGAUGGAGAUUUGUCAAGUAUCUCAGGUUCAGAGUCUGACUCUGAGGAGGAAGAGGAAGAAGAAUUAGUUGGGGACCAAAGGGAAAUGAGCUGUCACGCCGCUGGUGUGGACAACGACAACUCGGAUGAUACCAGUUUAAUGACUGGUCGGCUGGUCUGCUCUAGCAAAGUGUUGUUCCAGAACUCGGAAGGACAGUACUUGUCGUUUUACCGCUGUGUUCUACAGGGAAAAUCAGAUGAAGAGCAAGACUUGGCAUCCUCCUUAAAGUCCAUUAACACAAAGACACUGUCGAUCGUCCUCAUGACAGGCGGUGGCCAUUUUGCUGGUGCUGUGUUCCAGGGAAAAGAAGUCCUUCAGCACAAGACCUUCCACAGAUACACUGUUCGUGCAAAGAGGGGCACUGCCCAAGGACUCAGAGAUUCUCAAAACCGGAGUCACACGCCAAAGUCUGCUGGAGCCGCUCUGAGACGAUACAAUGAAGCAGCGCUCGUCAAGGAUAUUCAAGAUCUUGUGGUGACCUGGGCCGUACGAGUCCGCUGGACAAAAAGGACUCCAGGAUCCGCAGCAUUCCCUUUGCCACACGCCGGGCAACCUUUCGGGAAGUACAGCGGGUACACAAUGUGCUUUCCACAGUUAGUGUGUAUGGGAAGGACACUGACAUGUCAACCUUUAGCAGCGCAUCAAAAAAAGCAUGGAAGAAGACUGUCCAGCCUGCAGCACCACUAAAGAUGGAGCAGGGGGAAGAGGCUCCCCGUAGCAGUUCAGAUGAGGAGCAAGGCGGCGACGUCCAACUUGUCAUGAUGGAGCUGACCAUCGGGACCCAGGACCUCAAAGAGUUUGAUGUUAAACCCUCCAAACAGAAUAGGAGGAAGAGAAGGAAACAAAAGAAGAA